UGCAGUCUCUCCAUCUCGCCUGGGAUUCUCUCGCCUCUCUCCACCUACCGUGCACAUCCACUACGCACAUCUCUCUCUCUCUCUCUCUCUCUCCCCCUCCUCUCUCUCUUCUCUCUAUUUCUCUCAGUGCGUGCUUUCUCUCUCCCUCAGUGUCUCUCUCCGUCUGCGUUACGACCGUCUCCUCACCGACUGCGCUCUCGCCAUCCCUUUUCCUCUCGCCUCUUUCUUUCCUCUCUCUCUCUCUCUCUCUCUCUCUCUCUCUCUCUCUCUCUCUCUCUCUCCCUCUCUCUCUCUCCAGGCUGCGCCUCAUUGGUGUGUCCUGAUUCCCUUUUUUUUUUUUUUCCAUUAGGCUCCGGGCCCAUUGGUCGUCUGCCUCCCAACCAUUAUCUCCACUCCUCCACCCACCCCCCCCUCCCUCCUCACUGUCAUCCUUUCUCCCUCCGCUCUCUCUCACUCCCCUCCUUCCCUCGUUCCCAGUCAUCUCUCAAGUCGUAAAAAUGAUUUGCAUGCGGGAGGAGAGCAGAACUUUGCAGUGAGCGCGGCGAGAGUAAGGGAGAGAAAUAAAGAGGGGGCAAGAAAAGAGCGAAAAUAGGAGAGGAGGCUCGUUGUGGAGAGCGGGAGGAAAAGUUUAAAGAGAAGACUGCACUUGAAAAUGAGUUUGGAGGAGACGUGGUGAGCUGUUCCUCUCCAGCUGAACGUCAGUAGGUCACGGUGGAAAGCGGAGGAGUGGACCAAAGAGCUGAACCAAGCCCAAAACACUUCAGAUGGAGGUGGAUGCAGACGAUAAGCGCCAUCGCACACGAUCCAAAGUGCCUGUGGAUCCAGCAUUAACAGAGCUUUUCAGUGUGUACGGCUGCCCGCUGGCCAAGAAGAGGAAGAGUCUGGACAGGCAGACCCUGGAAACCUCUCCCAAGAGGAGCACUUACCUGGAUGACAUGGACAACUCCACCAUGGAGGAGUGCUACGAGACCGACGGCACCGAGGAGAUGGACGACCGGGAGGAAGAAGAGGAGGAAGGGGCCGUAGAGGAGGAGGAGGAGGAAGAGGAGGAGGAGGAGGUGGGAGAGGUGGAGGAGGAAGAGGAGGAGGUCGAAGGCUACAUGGACUACAGCGUAGAGCAAAUGGAGCAGGAGGACGGCGAGGUGGAACGAGGCGACGGAGACGGGGUGGAGGAGGAGGAGGAAGAGGAGGAGGAGGAGGAGGAAGUAGAGGUGGAGCAGGAGGAAGAGGAGGAGGGUGAGGAGGAGAGGGUGGAGGAGGAGGAGGAGGAAGCGGUGGAGGAAGUGGACUACGAAGACGGAGAGGAGGAGGAUGGAGAGCAGCAUCAAGGGCAAGAGGACGAUCAGAUGAGCAGCGGCGAGGGGGGCGAGGGUGACGGUGGAGGUGGCGGCAGCAAUGCCAAAUCUGAGUCAACGAUGGAGAAGGACGACAACAACAACGACGAGUACGAGAACUAUGACGAGCUCGUGGCCAAGUCCCUCCUCAACCUGGGCAAGAUCGCAGAGGACGCCGCCAACCGUGCCAUGACGGAGUCCGAGAUGAACAGUAACUCCUCCAACAGCGCCGAAGACGAGGAGGAGGAGGAGGAGGAGGAAGAGGAGGAGGAGGACGAUGAGGACGAGGAGGAGGAAGAGGAGGAGGAGGAGGAAGAGGAAGAAGAGGAGGAGGAUGAGGAGGAAGGGGAUGAAACGCAGAGGGGGGACCUGAGUUUGGACGUUGACAGUGACGUGGUUCGGGAGACGGUGGACUCCCUGAAGCUGCUGGCGCAGGGUCACGGGGCCGUGCUGUCGGACAAUUUAGACGGACAGGACUUCGAGGGCGGCGCCGUUUUGAAAGGGGACGAAAGCGAUUGUUGCCACAACGGAGGGAGCGCACACAAUGGUGGUAAUGGACAAAUUAAGACCACCAGUAAUGGACAAAUAGAAAACAGCGACGAGGAAGUGUGUUUAAGCAGUCUGGAGUGCCUACGGAACCAAUGCUUCGACCUGGCUCGCAAACUCAGCGAGACCAAGUCUGUGGAGCGGAACGGUACAUCCCAGCAAAAUCAUUUCGCCUGCGGGGAUUCCAAUCAGCAGCCCCAGCACCACGGCUAUGGGGACUAUCACAGUAGCCACCACGACAGACGGACACUUGAUCGGAACUACUCCGACAUGGACAAUCUCAUGAAGCUGGAGGAGCAGCUGAGCCCGCGCUCCAAGGCCUUCUCCAGCUGUGCGCAAGACGACCGGUACCACACCAACCACCGGGACUUCGACGAGGACACGGCCUCUGUGACGUCGGACCGAUCGGAAGAGGUGUUUGACAUGACGAAGGGGAACCUGUCCCUGCUGGAGAAGGCCAUUGCACUAGAGUCGGAACGCGCCAAGGCAAUGCGGGAUAAGAUGGCGGCCGAGGCCGCCAGAAGAGAAGGGGUGAGGUACGCGCACGAAGACCAAGGCCCGCGGCACGGCUACGGCGUGGAACGUAAAGCCCGGCUUCACGAUGGUAUGAAGAAGCCGUUCUACCAUAAAGACGCUUCACGCUCGGACAAGAAGGAAAGCCGGUGUCCGACGCCAGGCUGCGACGGCACAGGUCACGUAACGGGCCUGUACCCCCACCACCGGAGCCUCUCCGGCUGUCCGCACAAAGACAGGGUGCCACCAGAAAUUGUGGCAAUGUAUGAGAAUGUUCUUAAGUGUCCUACGCCCGGCUGCACGGGACGCGGCCAUGUCAAUAGCAACCGAAACUCCCACCGAAGUCUGUCGGGAUGUCCCAUCGCCGCAGCCGAGAAGCUGGCUAAAGCGCAGGAGAAGCACCAGAGCUGCGACGGCCCCAAGUCCAACCAGGCCUCUGAUCGAGUGCUAAGGCCUAUGUGCUUUGUCAAACAACUGGACUAUCCACAGUAUGGUUACAAGAACAAUGUUUCCACCAGCACGCCCCGCUCCAACCUGGCCAAGGAGCUGGAGAAGUACUCCAAGACCAGCUUCGACUACAGCGCCUUCGACGGCAGCAACAACCACCACGUGUACGGGAAACGGGCCAUCGCUCCCAAAGUCCACGGACACAGGGACACGUCGCCCAAAGGCUUCGACGCCAAACGCUACUGCAAGAACUCCAGCUCGGCCAGCAGCACCACCAGCACGUACGCCCCCAGCAGCAGCGGCAGCAGCCUGAGCUGCGGAGGUGGCGGCGGGGGCGCGGGAGGUGGAGGAGGCGGUGGCGGCGGCGGUGGAGGAGGUGGUGGCGGCGGCGGCGGGGGCAGCAGCGCCAGCAGCACCUGCAGCAAGAGCAGCUUCGACUACAGCCACGACAUGGAGGCCGCCCACAUGGCGGCGACCGCCAUCCUCAACCUGUCCACGCGCUGCCGGGAGAUGCCCCACGGCAUGGGGGGCAAGCCCCAGGACCUGUGCUCGCAGAGUCCCGGUCUAGAUGUUGAUGAGAACGGUACGUUGGACCUGAGUAUGAGCAAGCGUCUGUGCAGCGGCGGCGGUGCAGGGGACUCGGUGCUCACCCCUCUAGAGCCCAUGUCCCCCCAGAGGCAAGCGGCCCUGCUGGGCUCCCGCUGCUUCGGCAUGGGGGACCCCGCAGACUGCUGGGACCUGCCCGUAGACUACACCAAGAUCAAACACAUAGACGAGGACGAGAAAGAGCCGGACGACCUGGACCCCUUCCAGGACCUGCUGGACGACCGCUCCUUCACCACGGAUGUCAGCCUGCCCAGCCCCAAGCCCAAGUACGUCCCGUGCAAAGAGAGCAAGAAGGACCUGAUAACUCUCUCAGGUUGUCCUUUAGCUGAUAAAAGCAUUCGAAGUAUGCUGGCCAACAACGCACAAGAGCUCAAGUGCCCGACACCAGGGUGCGAUGGUUCGGGACAUAUCACUGGCAACUACGCCUCACACAGAAGUCUUUCAGGGUGUCCGCGGGCCCGGAAAAGUGGGAUAAAGAUCAUCCACAGUAAAGAGAACAAGGAGGACCAGGAGCCCAUCAGGUGUCCGGUUCCGGGCUGCGACGGUCAGGGACACGUGACGGGGAAGUACGCGUCCCACAGAAGCGCGUCGGGGUGUCCCAUCGCCGCCAAGAGGCAAAAAGACGGCUACCUUAACGGCAUCCAGUUCACGUGGAAGUCGGGCAAGACGGAGGGCAUGUCGUGUCCGACGCCGGGCUGCGACGGCUCGGGUCACGUCAGCGGCAGCUUCCUCACACAUCGAAGUCUGUCAGGUUGUCCACGUGCCACCUCCGCCAUGAGGAAAGCCAGGCUCUCCGGAGUGGAAAUGCUCACGAUAAAGCAGCAGCGCGCCAGCAACGGGCUGGAGCACGAAGAGGAUAUCAAACAGCUGGAUGACGAAAUCAAAGAUUUAAGUGAAUCGAAUUCACAAGUGGAAGCAGAUAUGAUCAAACUCAGAACACAGAUCACCACAAUGGAGUCCAACUUGAAGUCCAUAGAGGAGGAAAACAAGAAACCCCUGGCACACAAAGAACCUCCUCUGAGAAAUACCAGCUGCUUACAGCUGCACCAGCAAGAGCCAAUCAGCGAGCAGAACUUUGACGCCUACGUCACCACUCUAACGGACAUCUACUCCAACCAAGACCAGUACCAGAGCCCGGAGAACAAAGCCCUGUUGGAGAACAUCAAGCAAGCCGUUCAAGGGAUCCAAGUGUAACUAUUCAGUUUGGGGGGAG